GCGAAAGAAACGUCCUUGGCUUAACGAAGAUACGAAGACAAAUGGCAAAAGUAACCGCGAUUUCUCGUCUCGAGGGUAAAAAGAAUCCAGUUUGAAUCAACCUCCGGCAAAAUCAUCGUAUUGUCCAGGCCAGGAACGGCGUUGGUAGUGUAACAACAAAUCCAACACAGACUAUUCGCGACGGUCGCCAGCAAUGGCGGCUAAACCCCCCAAAAUUUCGGCUCUGAACCCUGGUAAACUGAGUCCACGAGUUUGGUUUUACUCCUCUUUGCUAGCUCUUCAAUACGGAGCCCUGCCGAUUAUCUCCAAACGCUUCACCAGACUAGAAGUAAUUGUAACCUCAUUAGUCUUGACAUGUGAGGUAGCCAAGGUUGUGUGCUCUCUUAUUCUCAUGGCAAAAGAUGGCAGCUUAAAGAAACUGACAAAGGAAUGGACUUUGAUGGGUUCACUUACAACAUCUGGUCUUCCUGCAGCAAUUUAUGCACUUCAAAAUAGCUUGUUGCAGAUAUCUUACAGGAAUCUGGAUUCCCUUGCUUUCUCAAUGCUGAACCAGACAAAAAUCAUUUUCACUGCCUUAUUUACAUAUAUCAUACUGAGUAAUAGGUUGUCAAUUCAACAAAUUGGGGCUCUGUUUUUGUUGAUCAUCGCAGCUGUUCUUCUAAGCAUUGGUGAAGGCUCUAGCAAAGGCAGCAGCAGUGGUGACCCCGAGCAAAUUCUAUUUUAUGGAAUUGUCCCCGUAUUAGUUGCUUCUGCGCUCUCUGGUCUGGCUUCUGCAUUAUGCCAAUGGGCUUCUCAGGUCAAAAAGCACUCGCCAUACUUGAUGACCAUAGAAAUGUCUAUUGUUGGAAGCUUGUGCUUACUGGGUAGUACCUAUAAGUCCCCCGAUGGAGAUGCUAUCAGACGCCAUGGGUUCUUUUAUGGUUGGACUCCACUAACUUUGAUUCCAGUUGUAGCCAAUGCUCUUUGUGGUAUUCUUGUUGGCCUUGUCACCAGCCUUGCUGGUGGUGUGAGAAAGGGGUUUGUCUUGGUUUCGGCACUUCUAGUAACAGCCAUGCUGCAGUUUCUUUUUGAAGGAAAACCACCAUCUGUUUAUUGUCUUGUGGCUCUUCCGCUAGUCAUCAGCAGCAUUUCGAUAUACCAGAAAUAUCCAUACCAAGUCAAAAAGAAAGAAGCCUAACAACCGGCAGGUAGAUAAGGGGAUUUCUCAGAGUUGCCUCAAUUAUUCAAGUUUCAAUUUGUUUUCCCAGCAUGAUAUGUUUUAGGAUUUAUUUAUACUCGGUGGCUAAUAGUAUAGGCAAGGAAGAAGGCAUAUUAUAGGUAUACUUGCUUUCAU